AUGGUUGAUAUUGAGUCAAAUGAAACCGGCGAUGAUAAAGUGAUUGCGGUUGUCAAUGGCGAUUCAUCGAAAGGAGAUUCUCUGACUAAGCCGGAAGAUGUUCAAGAUGAGACGCCUUACACGGUUAAAAUAAUUCCAACCCAUUCAGAUCCUUUCGAGUUACAAGUGAGUUCUUUUGAACUUGUUCAAGAAAUACAUCGUGUGUUAAUGGAUCGAGAAGAAACGUGCAGUUGCACUUGUUUUUCUUUGGUUCUAAAUGGUCAGACACUAGAUAUGUUUGCAGAGUUAAAGUCAGUUGACGGUUUAGCUGAUGGCGUCGAACUGAAAGUUGUGGAGGAGCGCUACAGUGUUCGGGAAGCCAAAAAUCAUGUUCGACACAUUCAUGAUCUCCUUCAUUCAAUCGAGCCUUACGAUGCAUAUGCCGGUAGAGAACAGAUGUCUCUGUCAUUUGUCAAUUCAGUAGCAGGAGAGCUAGAACGCAAGCAUUUCCCUACUCGGUUAGAUAUGCGUAUUGAUUUCAUACCACCUGAUUAUGUGAUGCCCGGUUUUGGUGCAAACACCAACCUCCCAUUAUUGCCUUUACAUCCUUUGGACCGUGACGGAAAGCCAGUUAAAUGCGUUCGCCAAUUAAAUUAUAGUAACUGGAACCCUCCACCACCUGCAAGAAGACUAUUAGGAGAUCUGAUAUAUUUAUUUUUUCACACGUUAGAAGACAAAAAGUACCAUAUAACUGCUUGUCCCAGAGGAUUUUAUGUAAAUAUGUCCACGGAUGAUCAGUUUAAUCCCCACCCCAUACAACAUGCUUAUGUAGCACAUUCUCUGAUCGAUCUCCUGCGUCAACUUAGCCCAGGAUUCAAGCGCAAUUUUGAGUCUCUAUUAAAAAAUCGAGCUGCUAAACACCCAUUUGAGCGUGUUCCGACUCCGUAUCAAAUUCAUUCCUGGUUAGCGCCGCUAGUCGAACAUUCCCCAGAUUCUGUAAGAAAAGAAGAAGCGUUUUCUUCUCGCAUGGCGUGCGAAGAAAAUUUGCCCGGUCAAACUAGGGACUGGAACGAAGAGCUACAAGUUACGCGUGAACUUCCACAGACACGUCUUACAGAGCGGCUACUUAGAGACCGUGCUAUUUUCAAAUCAAACAGUGAUUUUGUUGCUGCGGCAACUCGUGCUGCAGUUAGCGUAGUAAAUGGAGAUAUUAUGGCUAUUAACCCGGGAGAAACACGUAAACAACAAAUGUUUAUCUGGAAUAAUAUGUUUUUCUCACUUGGAUUUGACGUUAAAGAUCAUUACAAACAUUUCGGUGGUGAAUAUGCCGCAUAUGCUGCUACAUCUAGUGAUUUGUGUGGAGUACGUGCAUAUUCAAUGCUAGAUCAACCUGGAUUGUAUACUCUUGGGACAGCCAUUAUUGAUUACCGUGGUUUUCGUGUUACCGCUCAAACAAUCAUACCAGGUAUUUUGGAGAAGGAACAAGAACAGUUAGUUGUUUAUGGUUCAAUCGAUUUUGGUAAGACAGUGCUCACCGAUAAACGUUAUGAAGAGUUAUUGUCUAAAACAGCUAAACAAUUGAAAAUCAAGCCACAUAAGGUUGUCAAUCAUUCAGGUGAUACAAUACAGUUAUAUUCAUCUGUGGAUUGUAAAGGGAUUGUUGGGAAUGAUAAUCGAACUUAUAUUCUGGAUUUAUUACGUACUUUCCCACCAGAUCUAAACUAUUUAGAUAAUGGUAGUGAUAUACGACCUCAAUUGUCUCCUGAAUUGGUGAAAUUAGGUUAUCCUUAUCAACAUCGACAUAUGUUGGCGACUUUAAGACAAGAGUUAAUCGAGGCAUUUUUUGACCAUCGUUAUGAAAUUUUUCUACGUCUGACUGCUCUAGAGAUCCAGAAGAGUAAAUCCUCAAAAGGUGAAUGUGAUGAUCAGGAUACUACUGGUGUGCAAAAUAAACAAGCCAACUGUUCAAGCACUAAUGAUGAUCCAUUGUCUCCUAAAAAUAGUCUAGUUACAACCAAACAUCAAAUAGAUCACCAUGAUGUUACUGGACACUCCAGUAAUGCUUUGAACUCAGGGAUUGGGACAAUCAAGUCUCCAAGCAAGAAUCAAUCAGAUGAUUUAACCCUGAUGAAAAAAUUACUGGAAGAUGAUCAAGACACAGAAAAAAAUGACGUAAUUCGAGAAGCUAUCCGAAAAGCAGCAGAAGCUGUCGGUUCUCAGAGUACAGAGCGUUUUGAGCUUACAUUCAAUCCUGAUAUUUAUCAGAAAUUUGUCAAAUUUUGUGAUUCAGAGGAACAAUCAUUAACAGUUGACCAAGAACUAGUAUGCAGUGCUUGUGAAUUUUUGGUUCUAAAACAAAUUCCAGCAUUUGUUAGAGAUGCGUUAAGUUUGUGCAUCACUCCUCAAGAUGGUAGAGCCCUGAUAGAGUUAAUGCAUCAGCGUGGCAUUAAUGUACGUUAUUUGAAUCGUGUAAUCGAGUCAGUCAGUAUUCACCAGUCAUUAGGUUAUCUGAAAAAAAUGGCUAUUUGUGAAGUUUUGUUACGGUCUGCGAAACAUUUAUUUAAAACUUAUCUUCAAGAUGUUGAUCCUAUGCUUCUUUCUGUUGGGGUCGCUCAUUUUCUCAACUGUUUUCUAACAGCUUGUCCUAAUCUUACACCGUUACUUGGGAUUGAUGAGCAAGUCCUCAAACUGAAUCGUAAUAAAAAAAAUAAGAAGAAAUUGAAAAAUCUUCGUGAAUCACCAGAAGAAAUGGCAUGGCUUAAUGAAACACAUUCCAGUUUAUGGUCUGAAAUAACUAAAGAAGCUAAGGAAUAUUAUCAUUAUCAAAUAACUGCGUCAGACAUUGAUGAAUUCUGUAAAAGUUAUGAAGUUCAACGUAUUCAACUUCUUAGAACAUUUUGUACAUCUGUUGGUAUUCAGCUACUUUUACGUGAGUAUAAUCUCAAUCUACCGAAUGGUGUUAAACAUCAUCAAAAACCAGUAUUUAAUACUGAAGAUAUAAUAUCUCUUUAUCCAAUAGUCAAACAUUUACAUCCUCAUGCAACUGAUGCUUAUCAUUAUUUUACAACUGGUCAAGCUCGGAUUUCUGCUGGUCAUCUUCAAGAAGGUUUCGAGUUAAUUAAUGAAGCUUUAAGUCUUCUGAAUGGUGUCUAUGGUCCUCUUCAUCCUGAUAUUGGUGCUUGUAAUCGUCUUUUAGCUCGUUUAUCUUAUGUUAUGGGUGAACAUGAAGCUGCAAUAUUAUUUCAACAUCGUGCUACUAUGAUUAGUGAACGUGUACACGGAAUUGAUAAUCCGAAUACAGCUACUGAAUAUAUACAUUUCUCACUUUAUGUAUUCGCUUGUGGACAUAUAUCUACAGCUUUACAAUUACUUUAUCGAGCUCGUUACAUAGCACUUUUAUGCCAUGGUGAAUGUCAUCCUGAAAUAACACAAAUAGACACUAAUAUCGGUUUAAUGUUACAGUUGGUUGGUGAAUUAGAUUUAGCUUUAAUCUUUUUCGAGAAUGCAUUGUCUUUGAUUAAAUUAUUUUAUGGUGAACGGAAUUUAAAAGAAGCUUUCACUUGUCAUUUGAUUAGUCUUACGUAUACUUAUCGUGGCGAUUUUCGUACUGCUCUUGAUUAUGAAAAACGUCGUUUUCUAAUAUAUAAAGAACGUUUAGGUCCAGAUAGCGAUUAUACUAAAGAUAGUGAUGAAUGUUUACGUCAACUUACCCAACAAGCUGUGACAAUUGCACGUAAAGUAGCUGAACUAACGACAACUGCCUCUGCAACAAAGUCAAUUGGAAGUGGUGAUUCUUCUUCAUCCAGUAGUCAUUUGAAUUCACAUUCAAUUACUAACCAUAUUUCUAUCAGUGAAUCACUUGUUGCUAAAGCAGUUUUAUCAAAUGCGUUCGGUGGUGGUGUUAGUGGGAAUGCUAGUACUACUGGGGGUAGUAGUAGUUCAUUAACUUUGCCUAUGCCAACUGUUUCUUCAAUUUUAGAAACUCUCAAUCGUGUAAAUGGAAUAUUAGUGAUACAAAUAAGAGGAAAAGAUGACAAUCAACAUAGUCACGAGGAAGAUAAAAAUCUGUCAACCAAUAAAUCUGAUCUUACAGAACCACAUGUUGUUAUAUGUGAUAAAAUUCGGCAGUCGAAAAACGAUAUCCAUCUAUUGUCACCAUCAUCUAAUGAUAAUAAAUCGCCGAGAUCUUUUCCCACCUCAUUAAAUAACAAUGAUGUGAACAAACCUGUUAUUCCAGUGUUGUAG